GGCAAAGCAAAAAUCGAAGCCAAAAAGAAACAAUCAAAUUUAAAAUUAUAUUAAUAUUAAUAAAUAGAAAUAAAAUUAGAUAGUUUAUUAAAAUAUAUCUAAUAAAUACAAAAAUGAAACGAUUAAGUGAUGAAAGAGCGAAAAUUCUCUUCGAGAAACUUUCUAAAUACAUUGGCAACAAUGUGAAACAACUCAUUGACCGUCCUGAUGGCACAUACUGCUUCCGUGAACACCGAGAUCGAGUCUACUAUGUGUCCGAGCGCAUCCUCAAGCUAUCCGAAUGCAUGGGACAAGAAAGAUUAGUUUGCGUCGGCACAUGCUUCGGCAAAUUCUCCAAAACCAACAAACUUAAAUUCCACAUUACCGCCCUCUACUAUCUGGCUCCCUAUGCCCAGUACAAAGUGUGGGUGAAACCAUCAUUCGAACAACAAUACUUGUAUGGCAAUCAUAUUCCAAAGAACGGACUUGGCCGAAUCACAGAGAAUACCGGACAAUAUCAAGGAGUGGUUGUCUACUCAAUGAAUGAUUUACCUCUUGGAUUUGGAGUGACUGCGAGAUCGACAACAGAAUGCAAGACAGCUGAUCCUCUUGUGACGGUGUGCUUCCAUCAAUCGGAUAUCGGAGAAUACAUUCGUUCGGAAGAUACCCUAUUCUGAGAGGUUGGUUGUGAUUUUGUGUGGUUCCAUGAAAAGAAAGCGGACAGAGAAGGAGUAAGCUAGUGAAUUGAAAUGUAAACUAUCUUAACAUAUAUUAUGUUUUAUUAAAUUUUUACUAUCGACUAUAAAA